AUGCCCUGCUUUUCCGCCUCUAAUGUGCGCUUCGUCAGCGCAGAGUCGCAACUGCAGCAGAAGUGCAGCGACCUGAGGGCCAGGGCUCGAGCCCAAACGGCUGCGUAUCGUCCUCCGGCGGGGGGCUUUCGUUCUUCCACCACGGCCUUCGGCUCCUUCAGGCGUCCACCCUGCGACCAGUCGGCGGCCUAUGACCAGAAGCAGCUGAAGCGCAAUGAGCGGGAGCGGAAGCGUAACCAGGGAACAAAGCAGGUGGUGCUGCGAGCCGGGGAGGUGAGGCGCCUCAAGGAUCAGGGCAGACUUGAGACCGUCAGCGAGAAGCUGCAGAGGAUCGAGCAGCAGGAGGAGGAGCACCGCAAGCAGCUGCAGAUGGUGGAGGAUAUGCGCCGUCGCUUUGAGGCCAUCGAUGAGGCAAGGGGCGGUGACGCAUCCGAGGUCAAAAUCAGCCUGCUCAGCGAGAUCCUGGAGGAAAAGCAGUCGGUGCUGAGCCGCGCCUUUCUGGCACGCCAAGAGCAGGAGCAGGAGGUGAAGCAGAUCAACCGCAUGAUCCUCGACGCCAAGUGCAAGGCUGUGCGGGAAGCGCAGAUCCAAGAGAAGCACCUCUUGUCCAAGGCCCUGCGCGAAGACGACGAGCGGCUGGCACGCAUGGUGAACGAGCGGGCCCAGAAGGCGUUGACCGAGGAGGAUGAACGCGAGCGGCUGGAGGUGGAGAAGAGGAACCGCUACGCCCAGGAGAUCCGACGGCAGCUCUCGGAGCGCGAGAACGUGCGCUACCUAGAGGCCAAAAGGGUUGCCGAUGAGGCCAAGGAUAUCCGUCGCGCUACCGAGCUCCUGCGCGUCCAGGAGGAGCAGCAACGCUCCUUGGUUCAGCAGCGCAAGCAGCGGUUCCGCGAGGAGCUGCAGCGCAUCCGGGAGAUGACCAACGUCUUCAAGACCAUGCUCGGUGAGCAGGAGCGACUGGCCGACCUGCGAGUUAUGGCCUACAUGCGCGAGAAGCAGGAGAAGGAGCGCCAGCUGAAGGAAAUGCAGCGACUGGCCAAAAAGGAGCUAGAGCGUCGCCAGCAGCGGAUCUUCACGGUGGCCGCCGAGGCCAUGGAGACACGCCAGACCAACGACGAGCUGAAGUAUCUAAAGGAGCGCGAUCGCGUAGAGCGCGAGUACCGCCAGCGGGAGAAGGAGGCGGCCAUCUCGCGGCGAGAAGCUGAGCGGGACUUGCUCGAGUCGCGGGCCCAGCAGGCACAGGAGAUGAAGCAGCGACUAGCCCUGGAGAUCGCCCACGCCGGCGAGGAGUUCGCGAAAGUCAUGGAGCGGAUGCGCAAGGAGGAGGACAGGGAGAAGGCCUUGGAUCGCCAACGGGAGGCCCAGCGGCAGGUGUACCGCCAGGACCUGCGGCAGCAGAUGACCGACAAGCAGGCGGAGCGGCGGCGACUGGCCGAGCUGGAGGCCGUGCGGGUGCAGAAGUGGCUCGACCGAGAAAAGCAGCGAGACGCCAACAUCCGGCAGGUGAUCAGCGCCAAGAUCGCCGCCAUGCGCGAGAACUGCCUGCCGGAGAAGUAUCUGCGGGAGGUGGAGAAGCAGCUGAAAAGCAUUCAGGGCUUCCGAGACCGCAUUCGCUGAGUCUGGAUGGUUGCCUUAUAUCAGGCGGAUUGGGAAUGUCAGUAGUAGUGUCCAACUACCGCCUCAAAGUAUGUGGGCAUCAACUUCACUUCACUACAUCGAUCAGAACCCUAAAAACAUAGCACACAUUAUUACCUCAUGACCCGGCCAUUCACUUCAAGGAACUGAAUCGUUCAGAUGCUAUAUUUACAUCAAAUCCAUCACAGUAAACAUUGCAAAACAUUUAUGCUUCAAAAUUCUAAAUAAGAUAUAAGGCACUGUAAGAAAAAUGAAUAAAUAAUAAAUACCUUAACGCCUUUUUGCUCCAUAACAACAAUAACAAUAAUACUUGAUUAAGAACUGAAGAGAUUAAGCCUAAGGGCGUAGGAAACUUGGUUUCGGGACUGGUUGGGUGGCUUAGCACAUCUACUGUACAGAUCUCCGCCCGAAGGUUCCAAGCCGAUCACAGCCCGAAAGUAUGCCAUAAAGUGCCGACGCACAGUAACUGGCGAGGCAGGCGAAAUCAAAGAACCGCCAUGCCACAUUGUUGCGCGUGCGGCAAAGAGCCCGCCCACACACACCACGCUAAUUUCCAACUAUGUGGGCGUUUAGGCCACCCCCAGCAGCCCACUUUCCCCGCGGGUGGGCCCGCAAUUACAGGGGGAGGGGAAACUAGUGCCUGGGUGCCAUGGAAAAAGUGGUAGCCAACUUUUGGCUACAAUAAAAUUUUAUUAUGCCACACACAUACGCCGAGCGUACACAAGCAAACAAUGGAAAGGCGAAGACGAAGAUGAAGCUGGAGCUCCGGCUCGAUUGAAGAUGCCACCGCUAGCGACAACGGCAACGACGAACUCUUGUGCAUGGUUCAAUUAUCGUAUUUCAUGAUUCGUUAAAUUUUCGCAUACGCCAAAAAAAUACGCAAGAUAAACCCCGCACCUCAUACCACCCAGCAGGCUGCGGGCGAGGAACAGCCGAGGCGAGGAACAGGUUUCCCCUGGCAACCA